AUGGCCGACUCGCAAGCAGCGGCCCCCGUCGAGGGUCCUCCAUAUCCCGUCCCCAUCGCAGUUCUCGGCGGCGUGCCCGUCCCUUCGGUCGACGACCCCAUCUCGGCCGUCUUCCUCGCCCUCUUCCUCUGCCUCGCCGCCGUCCACAUGACCAUCUACCAGCUCAACCGCAGAAAGUCACACUUGUUCGUCUUCUCGGGCCUCCUCUUUGCCCUCUCCAUGGCCCGCUCGUCCGCCAUGGUCAUGCGUAUCGUCUGGGCCGCGAACCCAACCAACGUCCGCAUCGCCCUCGCCGCAAACAUCCUCUCCCAGGCCGGCGUUGUCAUUCUCUUCAUUGCCAACCUCUUCUUCGCCCAGCGCAUGGUCCGCGCCUACCUCCCCCCCGUCGGCUGGCACGCCGCCACCCGCUGGACCCUGCGCGGCCUCGUCAGUUCCGUCAUUGCCUGCCUCGUCAUGGUCAUCGUCACCGUCAUCCACUCCUCUUACACCACCGACCGCGACGGCCUGGACAAGGACCGCAAGGUCCAGCUGGUCGCAGGGACCUUCUUCGUCGUGCUCGCCUUUUUGCCCAUCCCUGUCAAGACCACCACCAGCACCGUCGGCCGCCCGGAAAAGUUCGGCACUGGCCGCCUCCGCACCAAGGUCCGCCUGCUCCUCUUCACCUCCUUCCUACUCACCCUCGGCGCGGCCUUCCGCGUCGCCACCAUGUACGCCGCCCGGCCGGCCAACAACCCGGCCUGGUACCACUCGCGUGCGUGCUACUACUGUUUCAAUUUUGUCAUCGAGGUCAUCGUGUCCGGCCUGUACGCGGCCGUCCGGUUCGAUCGCCGGUUCCAUGUGCCAAACGGCUCAAAGGGCCCCGGGGACUACAGUCGCAAGGCAGGUGACGCUACGGCCACGGGACACGUGAACACCGAGGAGGAGGUGUUUGGUGCUGGCUCGGAGGGGGAUGAGGCUUCCGAUGAGGCGCAGAAGGACAAGCAGGAGAAGGAGGAGGUCUAA